CCAACCCUGCUUUCUUUUUUAAGAAGCUAAAAAAAUUCUUAUUUUCUUAGCUAUACAUCUAUCUCUAUAACACAAGAAACACAAAUAUGGCUCAAAUUGCAAAACUAGAGGUUCAGUUGGAGAUCAAAUCGUCUGCCGAAAAGUUUUUUGAGAUAUUCAGCUGCAAACAGCACCUUAUACCUAAAAUGUGCCCUGAAAUAAUCAAGGACAUCAAGGUUAUUAAGGGUGACUGGAAGUCGGUUGGUUCUAUUAAGGAAUGGAGUUAUAUUGCAGGCAGCGCUGAGACUAGUAAGGAGAUGGUUGAAGAAAUAGAUGAGAAGAACAAGUCAAUCACUUUCAAAAUAAUAGAUGGAGAGAUGACCAAGUAUUACAAGAAUGUAAAGUCGACAAUUCAUGCCACCGAAAAUAUAGGCCAGAAAUUAGGCAGCUCAGUUAAAUGGACUUUACAAUAUGAGAAGAUGAACGACAAUAUACCUGACCCUACAAAGUAUGCUGAGCUUAUUUCAGUUUUUAUAAAAACUGCCGAUGCUUACCUCAUCAAAAAUGCCUGAGUAGAGUACUACUACUACUUGAUAAUCCCAUGGCCAUACUUAUACUUAAAUAAAAAGCCAUUGGAAGCACUUAUCUUGAUUUAUGUAAAAUAAUGACUGCCUCCUUUAAAAAUGAUAUAUUCAUGGGCAUGUGGUCAUCUUAAGCACUCAACGCGUACGUUUUCAUGAAA